UUCGCGUGGGCGUGCGCAGCCCAUCAUUGUGCGUUUGGCGCGUGCACAUACGGAGCGCCGGUAACUGCAGCGGUGGAGGGAAUCAAGGAGGGAGCCGGGCACAGCACGUGUGAAGCCGAAAGCUGUUCGCUCUACAUUGGCGACCCUAAGCACCUGAUCCAGCACUCAUCUCUCUGUUAAUCAGGCACCUGAUUUCUUUUCCAGGAAUUUUUAUCUUCCCUUCGUUUGCGAGAGGGUUCUUCGCUCUACACCUUACUGUUUAGACUUGUGAACCAUGGGGAAGAAGAGCCAGCGACGCCCAGAUGAAGAUUCGUCAGCCUCUGAGGAGGAGGAGUAUGUCGUGGAGAAAGUGCUGGACCGCAGGAUAGCGAAGGGCAGGGUGGAGUACUUCCUAAAGUGGAAAGGCUUCACAGAGAAACACAAUACAUGGGAACCAGAGAAGAACCUAGACUGUCCUGAGCUCAUAGCUGAGUUCAUGAAGACCUACAAGAAAAGUGGCAGUGGAGAUGGCAAGUCCAGCGGAGGGGGGGCCCGAGCCACCAGCACCGGCUCGUCGGGGGUGCGGUCCAAGGAUGGCACCGCCUCCAAGAGGAGGAACUCAGCUGAGGAGGAGGGUAGCAGCAAGCCCAAGAAGAAGAAAGAGGAUGAAAUUCUGAUUGCGAGGGGAUUUGAAAGAGGCCUGGAGCCAGAGAAGAUCAUCGGGGCCACAGACUCGUGCGGUGACCUCAUGUUUCUCAUGAAAUGGAAGGACUCGGACGAGGCUGACUUAGUGCUGGCCAAGGAGGCCAAUCAGAAGUGUCCGCAGAUCGUCAUCGCCUUCUAUGAGGAGCGCCUGACGUGGCACGAGGACGGGGAGAAGAAGGAGAAGGGAGCUGUGAGCGUGUGAGUGGGGGCAGGCCUGAAGACGGACUCGCCCCCUCACCGCCUGCCCAACCGCCCCCCACCCCCACC